UCUGAAUGUGUUAAUUUGAUCUCGUUGCAGAAUGCAAAUCAUAAAGGACCUUACGGUUGCCAAAAGCUGAAGGAACGGGAACCCCGAGCUUCCAUCCGAUUCAAGUGUGCCCUCACCAACACCAUCUUAGAGGUCCUUCAGCAGCGACCCGGAUGGGUGGAAGUCAAAGACGAGGGCGAGUGGGACUUCUACUGGUGUGACGUCCGCUGGUUGCAGGAGAACUUCGACCACACCUACAUGGACGAGCACGUCCGCAUCAGCCACUUCCGCAACCAUUACGAGCUCACUCGGAAAAACUACACUGUGAAAAACCUGAAGCGCCUCCGGAAACAGCUGGAGAGGGAAUCCGGGAAGCUGGAGGCCAUGAAGUGCGACUUCUUCCCCAAAACCUUCGAGAUGCCCUCCGAGUAUCACCUGUUUGUGGAGGAGUUUCGGAAAAAUCCCGGCAUCACUUGGAUCAUGAAACCGGUUGCCCGAUCUCAAGGCAGAGGCAUUUUUCUCUUCCGGAAACUCAAGGAUGUGAUUGACUGGAGGAAGGAUGCCGUGCGCACCGAUGAUCAGAAAGAUGACAUUCCGGUGGAGAAUUACGUUGCUCAGCGUUAUAUCGAGAACCCGUAUUUAAUAGGGGGUCGGAAAUUCGACUUGCGUGUCUACGUCUUGGUAAUGUCGUAUCUCCCUCUCAAAGCCUGGCUGUACCGGGACGGUUUUGCUCGCUUCUCCAACACGCGUUUCACCCUCAACACCCUGGAUGACCAGUACAUCCACCUGACCAACGUCGCUGUGCAAAAGACAGCUCCCGACUACGAUCCAGAGAAAGGCUGCAAAUGGAUGAUCCAGCAGUUCCGCCUUUACCUGACGGCCAAGCACGGAGCGGAACCCGUGGAGAUGCUCUUCUCCGAGAUGGACAACAUCUUCAUCAAGAGCCUUCAAAGCGUCCAGAAGGUCAUCAUCAGCGACAAGCAUUGCUUCGAGCUCUACGGCUACGACAUCCUGAUCGACCAGAACCUCAAGCCGUGGCUCUUGGAGGUCAACGCCUCUCCUUCGCUGACCGCUAGCAGCCAGGAAGACCACGACCUCAAGACGCGCAUCUUGGAAGACACAUUGAACAUUGUGGACAUGGAAGGCCGUUUGACAGGGAAGGAAAAACGCAUCGGGGGCUUCGAUCUCAUGUGGAACGACGGCCCCGUCAGCAGAGAAGACGCAAACCUGGACACGCCGAUGAACGGCUUUGUGGCGAACACACACCUAGGUUACAGCAACGACAGAAAGAAGCAGCUGCAGCAACUUUUCAAAACGUCACCGGCUCAGCAAAAAAUUUAAGGCCCAGCCUUAACAUCCAGUGGCGGCUGGAUGUUUAAAAUACAACAACUAGAAUCCGGACAGGGGAGAGGAGGGUGAGGGAGCUCCCUGCUUUACAGAGCUUAACCAGGAAUCGUUUCCAGGUUUGCUGCCUUCGUCUGGAUGCCCCUUGAAGGAGUUUCGACUGGCAGGGUUGAUUGUGGGCACCAAACAGCUCUGAAGAUGGAUGAACAGCAAGUUUAUCUCCCUGGCGGAGAUGCCUUCCGGAGGCCGACUGGCUGUGAAACGUGGGGAAAAGGCUGUUGAGAUGUUGGCUCUGCCCAGAAUUGCCACCCGGUGGCACCGAAGCUGGGCAGAAAGAGGGAAAUCUUAGCGGGAGAACGCUUCUGCCCAUCCGGAUGCCAAUUUAAAUCUAUUGGAACGAGCGGGAAUCAUAAAAGAACGCCUUUGCACCACAAAGCAUUUGGAAACCUUCUUUUGGUCUUAACGGUGAAUAUAAUCCAGGGACUGUGGGGUCCCUUGGGGGGUCUCUGAACAGGAUUGUUUUCUUGCAGAUGUUUCCUUACCACGCUAGGUAACAUCACCAGGGGUAGUAGAAGGGAGGGGAGUUUGUGGAGAGGUGGAAGGAGGAGGGGCACUGUGGGGUCCUUGGUGCUCUCUGAGCUUGGUGGAUUUCUUGCAGACGUUUCAUGACCCCAUUAGGGA